AUGGUUCUCGAGGCGGUCAUGGUUGUCGUUGACAACAGCGAGAGCAGCCGCAACGGAGAUUACCAACCCACCCGAUUCGAUUCACAAGUGGACGCCGUUAAUGUCCUCUUCCAGAGCAUCACGCAGGGUAACCCCGAGUCCUCUGUUGGACUAAUGAGUAUGGGGGGCAAGGGACCUGAAGUUCUUGUCACUUUGACGACAGAGCAAGGCAAGAUCCUCGAGGGUCUGCAUCGCACAAAGAAGAGGAUUGGUGGCUCAUCGCAUCUCAAGACGGGCAUUCAAGUUGCUACUCUCGCUCUCAAGCACCGACAGAAUCGGUCGCAACGACAGCGCAUAAUAGUCUUUGUUUGCUCACCAAUUGAAGAGGCGGACAAAGAACUCAAGAUCCUGGCCAAAAAGAUGAAGAAGGGAAACAUUUCCGUCGACUUUAUUCUUUUUGGUGACCUCGAUGACGACGCCACGAAGACGAAGCUCGAGAAAUUCAACGAGGAAGUCAAGAGCAGCGAGGGCUCCCACUUUGUCGUCAUCCCACCCAGCAGCAAGCUUCUCAGCGACCAGCUUGUAUCCAGCCCUAUUCUGCUCGGCGAAAACGCCGGCGGCGGCGGCGGCGGCAUGGGCAGCGGUGGCGGCGGCAACGACGAGUUCGAGUUUGGCUUCGACCCCGCGCUGGAGCCUGAGCUGGCGCUCGCUCUACGCAUGAGCAUGGAAGAAGAAAAGGCGAGGCAAGAGAAGCGUGCGCGCGAGGAGGAGCAGGCGGCCACCAAGGCGUCGUUGGAGGGCAUUCCAGAGGAAGGUCAGGGUAGCGGAAGCAAGAAGGAUAAGAAGGAUGGCGGUGACAAGAUGGAUACGUCCUGA